AUGGGCAACGCGCACGCGAAUCCGUCGCCGACGACGCCGCUCAAGAGUCGCCGAAAAUUGUGGCGGCAACGACGAUUGUCGGAUCCGAGCCAGAAUCAGAAUGAUAAGAAUUGCAUUUUUGGUCGGUGUACUGCGUACCAUGCGCAGAAUUCCACGACAAUUUCCAAAAUGUUGUUUUUUUUUUCGAAUUUCCACCUUCUGCCGAGCCCCUCGCUGGCGACCAACUCGAAUUGCACAACGCCGCCGACGAUUCAAAUCAACGGCGAGGCGAGCUUCGACGAGCCGACGUCAUCGGAGCACGAGAUUCGCGCGAAAAGCGCCAGCACCGAUUUCACCUCGUCGUCGGCGUCGGAACGCCGAAAAAUGUUUCUCACGAGCUCGACGACCAACAACUCGGUGGCGCGUAGUCUCGACGACUCGAUGAUCGCCAAAAUGACGACGCUGGCUCGCGCCAAGAGCCAUUCGCCGCUCAAACAAAUGCGCACCUACUCAUUUCGCUCAAUUUCCAGCGAGGACAAUCUAAUCGAUAAGGAGAGCGCCGAACUCGUUGCGGACUCGUGGCGACUGGUUGAGGCGCGCACGUCGGAAAACACCAAAUGCUUCGGGUGUUUCGUUUUGAAUCGCGUGUUCGCCAAAAUUCCCGUCCUUCGCAUUAUGUUCGGCGUUCGCGAGGACGAGAGUGUGCUCGAUUUACCAGAAACUCAUCAAGCACGUCGUCACGCCAAACUUCUCACCAACAUUCUUCAUCUCGUCGUCAAAAAUGUCGACGAGCUCGAGGCACAAGUCGCGCCGACCGUUUUCAAGUACGGCGAACGACACUAUCGGCCGGAUAUUAGCCCCCACAUGACCGAAGAGAACAUCCGCGUGUUUUGCGCGCAAAUCGUGUGCACCGUCUUCGAUCAUCUCAACGACGCCGAAGCGACGCAAAAGUGCGCCGAGUCGUGGAUCGAAUUAAUGCGAUAUUUGGGUCAAAAGCUGCUCGACGGGCACGAAUUCGCGAAAUUGAGCGCCGAAAAAAUCAUCAGCAUCAAUCGAAAUGACCAUCAUCUAUUUCUAAUGCUAUAA